GGGUUAUUUUUACAAAAAAAUAAAGGUAAGGUUUACAUAAAAAAACUUUGCUGAGUGAAUAUAUUGAUAGUGCUAAAUUACAGAAAAGACUAAAUCGAUUGAGUGAAUAUGUAUAAACUAAUGAGAAAUUUGAUUUAUUGACAAAUGUAGGUUGCACCUACCCUCAUAAGCCUCACUACAAGACGUUCUAUAUGAGUUAAUAAUUAAGAAUAUCACCACAUGAUAGCUAAUCUAUAUUGUACUCUUCGAAGAUCUGCACUUCAUAUACGAGAGGCGUACAACGUACAUAAUUGAUGAGUAAAUCGAGCUCAACAAAUGAUUGUUGUUUGACAAAUUUGUUCGCAGCAAUUGUGAAAGAAUUGUUGUCUCCUCGGUCCAAAAGGUUGAAUGCCCAACCCCAAAGCCUCUCCACCCCGACCCGACAAGAUAGUGGGAGAUUAAUCACGGUGACUCAGACAGCAAAGCGCCGGUAUGCCUUAUACACGUGCGCACCAGAAGUCCAACCUUAUUUCAGGUUCUGUAACCUCCACACGACAUUAUGGAGUAAUAAAUUUAAAGAGAAGGGGUAUAUUAUGUACUAGCAUCCUUUCAAAAAAAAAAUAUGUAAUACGUAGCAGCAUUUUGCACCCCUAUCAUCACCUCCUGGCUCCGCCUCUGGUGAGAAAUAAGAAAACUAAAAAUCUAAGAGUUAUUUUAGACAUUUUUAAGAAAAAUCCCCUAUAUUUACGCAUUCAAAACCGUAAUUUUAGUCAAAAUUAUUAUUGCAUACUCUCAAACAUGAAAUCAAUCACUUUGUAUUCAUAAAUUUAUAAGUUUCAGAAUGAUUAUUACCUCAAAACUAGAGUGCAAAGUCAAAUCCAUUAAAUAAUAAUCUAUGGUUUACACAAUAAAUGUUAUUUUUCAUAAUCCAACACAUCUAUAUCAUAAUUGUAUCUAUAGAUCUAUUUAAAAGAGUAACAUGUUUUUAGGUAAUAUUUCAUUACCGUGAUCAUAGGCUAAAAGAUGACCGCCCACGCAGUAACUCUCCAAAACUUAUGUAUACGGCAGGUAACAUGUGUGCCUGUCCACGUGGAUCAAUCCCGGAUGACAAAACGAAAAACAAAGACUCCGUCAAACCUAAUAGUCUACAACAAACCCUCUCCUGUGUAUACGCAACCGACGACCACAUCCCGUUUCAACUCCGACAACCUCCGGUCCUAAUUUUCUGUUUCUGGGCAAAGAAAGAAGCAGAGAAAUCCUACCCAGAAAUAGAAAAUUUUGGGUUCCAAUGCUCCGAUCAUAAGCAUGCAGCAUUAAGCAAUGAAGCAUCUAGUGGUGAGAAGUAAGGAGAAGAAGGCAGCUUAAACUAUGUGCAAGUCAAAGAAAUUACUAACCGGAGCAAUAAUCAACCCUUCGCCCAAGCAGAAGUACCCUUCGAUGGCUCGAUCGCCGGCGUCUCCCGCCGGCAAACCGCCGCCGGCUGACCCUUCGUUAUCCACGAGUGGCCAACUCAUGAGCUCCUCGGCUUCAACUUCCAGCUUUUAUAUCGGUAAUUACAAGGAAUCGCAGUCGUGGAAGUCUUCGAAAUCAAGCGGCGCGAGUUCCCUCGCAAGUCUCCGGGAGGCUCUGCCGGAGCAGCCGCGAAUCUAUGACUUCUCCGAAAUCCGAUCCGCCACGAAAAAUUUCACACAGCCGGCUUUGUCCUCUUCCUCCACCUCCACCGCCUGGCGCUGCGGGUUGCGCGGCCAGGACGUCGUUGUUAUCCAGAGGAAGUUCCGACGGUUGAUUGAAACGCCGGAGCUGAUCGAACGGGUGGCGAUGAUAUGCAGAAGUCACCACUCGAGCUUGAUUCCUCUCAAGGGGGUCACAGUUUCCGGGAAUUAUAUUUACCUAGUGUAUGAGUAUGUCCAUGGAGCGAAUCUUCGCGAGGCUCUCAGGAACCCUAGGAACCCUAAUUUCACGAUUCUCUCGAAUUGGACGCUGAGAAUCCAGAUUGCUUCUGAUAUCGCCUCCGGCCUCGAUUACAUCCAUAAUUCUACCGGAAUAGGUUUCGAAUUCAUCCACAAUCACAUCAAGAGCUCAAGCAUUAUCAUCACAGAGCCCGCGCUGAACGCGAGAAUCUGCCAUUUUGGAACGGCGGAGCUUUGCGGGGAGAUCGCGAAAAGGAAAGCGGAAUCCGACGUGGAGAUUGAAUCAAGCAGUAAAGAGAUAAAGUUCGAAGGUACCAGAGGAUACAUGGCGCCGGAAUUUCAGUCGAGCGGGGCCGUGUCGCAGAGAUCCGACGUGUACGCGUUCGGCGUGGUGGUGCUGGAGCUGGUGUCGGGGAAGGAGGCGUUGACCUACAUUGUGGAUGAGGAGACGGGAGGCUACGAGAGGAUUUCUGUGAUCGAGACGGCGAGAACGGCAUUCGGCGGCGGGCGGAUCAGAGGGUGGGUUGACCGGCGGUUGAGGGAUUCUUACCCGGUGGAAGUGGCGGAGAAAUUGGUGCGUUUGGCGCUGGAAUGCCUGGAUGAUAACCCGAAUGUGAGGCCGGAAAUGGGUCAGGUUGCGGUUCGGGUUUCUCAGAUGUAUUUGGACUCUUUGACUUGGGCUACCAAGAUUGGGGGCCCUGCUGACAUCACCGUGUCCCUUGGGCCUCGGUGACAAAUCUCCGUAUAACAUGUAGGCAUCAUUUUGCUUUUAUUAGGUUCUUUUUUUCUUACCUAGCAUAAAGCAUGUAAAUCUCAAAUGGCUCCUUAAGAGGCCGUUUGGCCACCCUCAUUUUCGGCUUAUCAGGCUUAUCAGCCAACUUUUUUACCAAACACGUAAAUUUUGCUUUCGCG